AUCGUAUGUUCUCUCGUUCCAACAUUCUCUACUUCCACUCUCCGGCGUUGAAACUCUCCUGGGGAGUCUGGAGAAGCACGGCCUUCUGGGAAAUGUAGUUCACUUUAAAAGCUGAGACACAUGGCGGAAGUGGCUGGAGAGAGGUUGUUCCGGAUCGUCUCAGUGCCCUACCCGACCUAACCGGGUGCUGUCCUGGUUGGUAUUCGCUGGUCCUCUGAGUUCGUAGCCCGUGGGGUCGCAGUUAUACUUUUGAGUUCUGCAGUUUUCCCAAAGUGCCCAGAACAGAGAAGCAUGGCUAUUGUGGAUGUCAACACUGUGUUCAAGGAGUUGGUGGUGUUCAGGGAUGUGGCUGUGGAGUUCUGUAGAGAGGAGUGGGAGUGCCUGGACCCUCGCCAGAGAUCUUUGUACAGAGAUGUGAUGUUGGAGACCUAUGGGAACUUUGUGUCACUGGGACUUGCCAUUUCUAAGCCGUCAGUAAUUUCACUGCUGGAGCAAGGCAAAGAGCCGUGGAUGGUGGAGCAAGCAGGAUGGUAUCCAGAUUUGCUGUCUGUAAAUGAAACUAAGAAUUUAUCUCUAGAGAGUGGCAUCUUUAGAAAGGAAUCAUUUAAAUGGAAAAUAAUAGAAAGAGUUGGUAAUUCUUGCCUUGAGGAAUCCUGUUUUGGAAAUGAUUGGAAACUUGAGACACAACCGGAAUCUACAGAGGAAUAUUUACAGAGAGUGACAGCCCCGUUGGAAAAGAUGUCAACUGAAUUCAUUCAGCCUACACCCAUUGCUCUAAGUGAAAUGACUCACUCUGAAACAAAACACAAUGAACAGGAAGCAGGUGAAACUAUUACUCAGCAGGUAAAAAUUCCUACCAAUGACAAUGAAGUGUACGAGAACACCUUUAUCUAUUACACAGAUCAGAUGAAGCAUCAGCAGGAUUUUGCUGGCGAGAAAUGUGAUGAAUUGAAGGAGUGUAGCAGAGGAUUUGCGUAUGACUUCCAACUUGCCCCAUAUCAGAUCAAUAAGAAGCCCUAUCAGUGUGAGAUCUGUGGCAAGAUCUUUGAAAAGCAUGCUUACCUCGUUCAGCAUAAUCGCUUUCACACUGGUGAAAAGCCCUGUGAGUGCAAAGAAUGUGGGAAAGCCUUCACUAACUGCUCCCUGCUCGUCCAGCACCAGAGAGUCCACACGGACGAGAAGCCCUAUGAAUGCAAACAUUGUGGGAAGGCCUUCCUCUACUUCUCGACGUUUUUUCAACAUCAGAGAACGCACACCAAUGAGAAGCCUUACGAGUGUCACAAAUGUCAGAAGGCCUUUAACAAGAGUGCAAAUCUCACCAGACAUCAAAGAAUCCACAGUGGUGAGAAACCCUACGAGUGUAACUUAUGUGGAAAGACUUUUACUUGGGCUUCCAACUUGAAUGAUCACCAGAAAAUUCACACUGGUGAAAAACCUUACGAGUGUAACUAUUGUGAGAAGGCCUUUCUCUGUCACUCAGCAUUCAUGAAACACUAUAGAACUCACACUAAUGAGAAGCCCUAUGAGUGCCAGGAAUGUAUGAAGGCCUUUAGGCAGAAAGCACAUCUCAUCCAGCACCAGCGAGUUCACACUGGUGAGAAACCGUACGAAUGUAAGGAGUGUGGCAAGGCCUUCGCUUGUCCUUCAUACUUUAAUAGACAUCAGAGAAUUCACACUGGGGAGAGGCCUUAUGAAUGUAAAGAAUGUGGGAAGGCUUUUAUUGAUUGUAAAACUCUAAUUCUACACCAGAGGAUCCACACUGGUGAGAAACCCUUUCAAUGCCAGCAGUGCAGCAAGGCCUUUAGGUAGAGGUCCCAUCUAACCCAACAUCAAAGAAUCCAUACCAGUGAGAAGCCCUAUGAAUGUAAGGAAUGCAGACAGGCCUUUACUUGGCUCUUACAGGUGAAGAAGCACCAGAGAAUACACACAAUGGGAGAAAUCUUGUGUAUUUGAAUACUGUCCUUUAUUUAUUGAACAGUCCUUAUUCAACAUCUUCACAUACAUAUGGAAGAAAAGUGUUGAUAAGAUAAGAAAUAUGGGAAACACCUUUAUGUGUCCCUCAGCUACCCAGACCCUGCUGAGAAAAGCCUGGAAGUGAGGUGUGUGGAACCCCUCACAUCGUACUUAAAGUUGUGUAAUUUAUACUGUGAUGAUUAGAACAGGAAGCCCUCGCUUUUUUCAGCUAUUACAGAAUAAGAGUUUGUAAGAGAAGACCAUCUGAUGGUUGUCCCUUUUUUUUCUUUAUAAUCUAGUUUAUUCAAUAUUAAUUUACAUAGGAAAAAUAAAAAUUAAAUUAUGAAUAGAAAUACUAAUUACCAGUAAAAGGGUUACAUUUAGUUGUAACUAUAGAAAUUGCCACAUAGAGAACAGUGUGGACAUUCUCAGUGUAGAAGCUAUCCCAUGCAUCAUUUGCCAGUAUUUACCUGUAUUUUAUUAUCAGUUAACUUCAGCUCUGCUUCAGACUGCUGCCUUUUUAGCCAGUAGUAAGUGAGGUUAUUGUGAGGAUUGAGUGAACUUAGUAAAAGGGACCUUUGGCAUAGUCACUAGCAAGGAGGAAUGAUUAGGAAAUAUUAGGAAUCAUAUUUAUGAUAGUCUUCGUUAUUAUUUUUGGAAUGCUCAUCUGCAUUUUAUUAAAGACAUCUCCUGUCAGCUUGAUCCAUAUCAAAGCUUUCAUAACGAGUUCUGGAAUGAAAAUGAUUGGAACAUGAGCAGAUAAUCACUUCAGCUUCAGUUGAACCAGACAGUUGACUCUGGCGAGACGGCAUGAACUCAGUAAAGGUGAGAUCAGAGUGUCCUCCACAGCAGAAACAGUGUAUGUUUUCUUACUCAGGAUAGUCAUAUUUACACAGGAUGUGAAUUAGAACAAUUUGUAAUCUCUAACUAUCACUAUAUGACUCGGCUUACAUGAAAAAUGCAGCAGUUUGCUUCAGUGUGAAAGAUAAGCAGCUCUAUAUACUAAAACCUGAUGAGAUUCAUUUGCCUAAAUGCUAUCAAAUAUUCAAUUGGAAAAAAGAACAAAUCCUAGAGUUGACAGCAGAAAUACAUAUUAUAUACAAUAAUUGAUCAAUGAAUUUAAAUAAGUUUUUAAGAAGCAAUAAAAUGGAUAACAACUUUGAAAGCUUUUCCCAAAGCAUCUGAAACAUAGACUAGAUUUUCCAGGUCCUAAGGAGACAUUUGAAGGACAUUUGAAGAUACAGCAAUCAGUGCUAACGGGAAGGAGGUAGAACAUUUUCAAGCAGAAAUAUAUUCAGUUGGUUUGGGUGGGUUUUGUUUUGAGACAGGGUCUCUCUUAACCUGGUGGCAGUCCUGCUCCAUCCAUUGAGUGCUGGAUUAGAAGUCUGUGCUGCCACACUGGCUUGAGUUCAGAGCUGUAAGCCUGCCAAGCACGUGUUCUGCCACUUUUUCCCUGAGACAUGGUCUUGCUAAAUUGCCUAGGCAGGCCUUGAACUCAUGGUCCCCAUAUAUUAGCCUCUCAGAUAGCUGGGAUUACAGACCUGCCAAUGCGUACAGCUAGAAAAUCUUAUUGCUAUAAAAUAAUUUGUUCAGUGUUAUAUGAGUUAAAUUUGAAAUGUUUAGAGUAAAUUUUGUGUGAAUAUAUAUAAAUUUUUCUGAUUGAUUCACAAACCUCUAGAAUAAAGCCAGUAUACUCUUAAGGAAUAGAAAAAUGUGUUGUGUUACCUUAAAUGAAGCAUGUGGUAGUGUUCAAGAGGGAAGUAAAGUUUUUUGGGGGAUAGGGCCUCAUGUGGCCUAGGCUAGCCUCAGUCUCGUAGUCCUGCUGUAACUUCCCAGGUGCUGGCCUACCAGAUAGCAAGGAAAUUUGAAACAGAUUGUCAACAUAAUGUCUUCGCCAGCCCAUCCUUUUUAUAAGGUUAAGUAACCUUUUUAAUGAGAAAAAAGUUACCUGUUUUUGUAUGACUGUGUAAUCCCAGCACUGGGAAGGUGGAUGUUGGAAAACUAGGACUGUUCAAGACCAAACUGGGCCACAUGAGACCCUGUCGUAUGCUAGAAUCAUUAGAGAAGGUAGCUAUAGAAACAACCAGUAAUUAAAAUAAGACAGCAAACAAAGACAGUGAGCAUAGAAGUAGCCCGUGGGAAGUUGUGAGGUAGAGUGGUAGACAUAAAGUAAGUGUAUCAGUAAUUCCAAACCGGUUUGAAUAGGCUGAUUACUGUAGUUGAAGGACUGGGUUGGUGUGGGACAUAUCUGGAAUUGGAUCCCUCGGGAGGUGAAGAGAAGAUUGCUGUUUCAGAUUAGCUUGGGGGUACAGAGAGCAACUCCAUCUCAAAAAUAAAUAGAAAGUAAAUAAAUGAGAAAGAAAGAUAAUGCUACAAAAAGAUUGAGAUUAAAGGAUGGUGAGAGAAGCCCAUGCUAUUGAGAUAUUAACCAAAGAAAUCAUACAAGGAAAAGUUCAAGAAGAAACAACAGAAAUGAUUUACCAAAAAAGUAAGAAAAAAAUGACAAUGUUCAAAGACUGAUUUCAUUAAAAGGAUCUGAAUAUUUUUAUUUGUAUGUAACUAAUAACAUGACCUCCAUAAAUAAAAAGCAAAGGUUAAUCAAACUACAAAGAGAAAGCUUGGAUUUUUAACAUGCCUGUCUCGAGCAAAAUCAGCAACAUUUGGACAAAUAUCAUUGAAAGAUCUAACAGACAUAUGUGGACUCCGAAUUUACAAGAUACUCUUUUAUUUAAGAAAUUAUUUUCUGUGUCUUCAACUUCAGUCUGAAUAAGUAUCAGUCAGUUCAAAUUAUACACAAUGCCUUCUUGCAUAGGCCUAGGGAUGUCCUUCCAUAUAUUUGGAAAUAUACUUUUAAAUAACUUCAGAAUAACCACUAAUUAACACUUAAUGGAGUUGAGGGGGAAAUAUUUCCCCUUGGAUAAUUUAUGGAAUGUGACGGUUGUAGUGUGUAGUAGGAAGUGUUACCAGAAAACUGAGGUCAGUGAGGAAUUCAUUGUCUCAAGAUGCUAGAGAAUUUUAAAAAAUGAAAGAAGUAGUAAUAGGUUAGAAACAGCAAUUCAGCAGGAGGCAAACAUGGUCAUAACUUGUUAAACAAUUGACAUAUUCUGGGGUGCUCUCUAGCUGUUAAGGAAUUCUUGAGGCCAAGUGUGGUAUCGCACAUUUUUAAUCCUAGCCUUCAGGAUGCAGAGGCCCGAUGAUCUCUUGAGUUCCAGGUCAGCCUGGUCUACAUAAUGAGACCCUCUCUGUCUGGGGGUAGGGGGAAGCAGAGGUAUGGGGGAUUGAGAGGCAUAGUUACUAAGGCCUGCAUUUAGCACUCAGGAGUGUAAGGCCAUGGGCAGCCUUGGCUACAUAGUGAGACUCCUUCCCCUCAACAUUGAAACUAAAUCUUAUACAUUAUUGACUAAUAAGUCCUUUAGUACUUCUAAGUAUAGAAAGUGGAAUAUAUUAGAAAAUAAAGACUAGCUUCCUCAUUCAUAGUCCUUAUCUAUGUAGUGUUAUUUUUUGGCCUUCAGUUAACUGAAUCAGUCCCUUCUCUCCUUUGAAAUAUAGAAUGAGAUGACUAUCUUGUACAUAUUAGCUUCUAUAUGCAGAUAUAAAUUAAACCCAUCCCUGAGUUGGAUUUGCUACUUUGGAGUCCAUGUACGUUUACAAUGGCCAAUAGCGUUUGGUUCCUUCUUGGAUGUUGUAUAGCAUCCCUUCCUAUACCUUUGCUGACACUUUUUUGUUUGUUAAAGCUUUGUUUUGCCAGGCUGUUAAGUGAAGUGUGUUAUGACAGUUUUAAUUUGCACCUUCUGCUAUAUGUAAUUUGCAGUUAAUGCCAUAUUUUCCUAUUUCCAAAUACUACAUUUUCUGUGGAAUGUCUUAAUACUAUUUUCUGUUGAAUGAUUGUUUUCCUACUGGCUGUGUAAGACUUACAACCCUUUUCUCUACUUUAUGGCUAUAUUAGGGUUUUUUUUGUUUUGUUUUGUUUUGCCUUUCUUAAAUGUCAGAUUUGGAUUUGUAAACUCAACCAAUUCAUGAUUGGAAGGUAUCUGCUUGGGUGUUAAUGCAUGUAAAUCAUUUUUUCCAUUCCAGUAUAUUUUCACAAAUCCCAUGCUCUCCUCUUGUGGUUUAUGAUUAAAGUGUAAAUACUGGGCCGUGCAGCCUUGGUUGUGCCGAGUUAGGCAGGGCAUAGUGUUCCUCUUCGUGGAUGGUGACUUAGCUGUCUCAACACUCGGUCCUAUCAGUUUUAAGAACAAAUUCAUAAGCUGUGUUCCUAUAUUUUUGGACUUAUUCCCUUGCCUUAAAUUUUGUUUUUAUUUUGAGAUAAGUCUUCUCAGGCUGGCCUUCACCCCCUGGCCCUCCCAUCAGCUUCCCAUAUGCUGGAAUUACAGGUGCAUGCCCACAUCCGGUUGGACCUCUUGUCUAGCUGAUUUAUUUCCCCCUUUCCUCUCCUCUGCUCCCUUCUCAUCUUUUUAAAAAUUAAUUUUAGCUGGGCAUGGUGCACACACCUUUAAUCCCAGAACUCAGAAUGCAGAGGCAGGAGGAUCUCUGUGAGUCUGAGGACAGCUUGGCCUACAUAGAGUUCCAGGACAGCCAGGACUACAUAGUGAGACUCUGUCUUUAAAAAAAAAAGUUUAAUUCUGUGUAUGUGACCUGUACGUGUGAGUGCUGGUACUUUGGAGACUUCUGUGGGUCGGAGGCGUCGGAUUGCCUGUGGUGGAGUUACGGUGGUGCACAGGGGUGUUAGGAACCAGAAACCGAACUGGGGUCCUUUGCAAGAGCAGGUCAUGCUCUCAUGCACUGAGCCAUUUCUUCAGUUCCCUCUUUCCUUUUGAAAUCGGGCCUUGCAUUGUAGUCCUGUCUGACCCGGAACCUCGGCCGCCCUCCUUCCUUACCUCUAGAGUGUUGCGAUGACCAGUGUAGACCACCUCACCCAUCUUGGAUCUGUUUCUUGACUUUUAUGGCCUGAUGAUCUUCCUAUCUCUUCUUGCAUUAUAAUCAGAGGCAAGUGGAUCUUCGGAGUUCAAGGCCAGCCUGGUCUACACAGUGAGUUCCAGGAUAGCCAGGACUACAUAGUAAGAACCUGUCUCUAAACAUAAAAUUGCUUAAUAAGAUGUUUUGGUACUUGGUAAGCUCUCUAUGUAGCAGAGGAUGACCUUGAACUUGUGCCUCAGGUUAAUUACAAACAUGUACCACCAUGCCCAAUGGGAAGUGGCUUAAAAUGUGUUAUUGAACAUAAUAAAUAUUUGACCAUUAUUAUGGUUUAAAUUCUCCUCUUUUUGGGGCACUUGGGGCAAUUGUUAGUAAAGUGCUUGGCAUACAAGUAUGCAGACCUGGGUUUUGAUCCCCAGCACUCACAUACAAUACCAAGAAGCAGUAUGCUUCUGUGACUCCAUUGUAGGGGAGGGAGGAAGAAGAGGAGUGGAGAUAGGCAGAUCUUAGCCAGCGAGUCUAGCUGAAUCAGCAAGCUCCAUAUAUAAGGAGAGAUCCUGCCUCAAAAAGAAAGGUAGAAAGUAAUAGACAAAGACAACCAGGCUGUCCUUGGACUAAAUGAUCUUCCUGUUUCACUCCUGAAUGCUGAGGUUUCAGAAAUGGGCUAUUACAACCAUCCUUAAGUUAUGUCCUUCAGAAAUACAAAAUUUUUCAAUGAAGAAUUUCUUACUCCAGAACUGAAUAACCUUGGGAUCAUGCCCUCAGAAAUCUCCAUGAUCUCUGGAUGGAGGAGAAGCCUUAAAAGUUGGUUUUGUGCUUACAUGUCUUAAGUAUGGUUAGUUUUAACUGUCAACUUGACACUUAGAAUCAUCUUGGAGGAGAGUCUUACUGAGGAAUUAUUAAGAUCAGGUUGGCCAAUAGAUAUGUCUGGUGGAUUGUCAUGUUGGUUAAUUGGUGUAGAACGACCCAGCCCACUGUGGGUGGCACCAUGCCAUAGGCUGGGUGCUGAACUAUCUAAAAAUGAAGAAAGCUAGCAAGCAAGUAAAAAAUCUAUGCAAUUAUUCUCACAGUUUUUGUGUGGAUGUGAUGCUUGAAGUUCCUGCUUUGAAUCCCCCAUAAUAAUGAUGGACUGUAACCUGGAUUUGUAAGCUGAAUAAAUCCUUUUCUCUCCUAA